GCUGGGGGUCGUGGUGAGGAAUGCCAGACAGGCCUACCAGGAGCCUUGAUGCAUCUGGAGGGUGAAGCAUCCUGUUUAAAACCUUCAGGUUCAGAAAAAUGAAAAUGCCUCCAGGAAUGUGGGCAAGAAACCUCUGCGUGCUGGUCCUGGAAUUAGUUCCCUGCACACAUCAGAGAAGGAGACAUCCACGCUGCAGCUAUAAAGCAGGGGAACAGAACCAGUGUUAGGACCCUGCAGGGCUCUGGGCUUCCCAGCUCUUUUUCCUUGAAGUCAGUGAAAGAACUGGGAGGGGCUGAAACUCAGGCUCCCCUUAAACCUGGCUGCUUAUCCUGUCUCCUGGGCAGAUGUUACAACUUUCUGCCUUCUCCUCCAGUCUGUUCAGGAGGGAACUUUCUCUUUUCCCCUCUGGCUCUGCUCUCAUCACUUGGUUGGCAGUCUGAGCAAAGCUAAGCAGGGAGCUUCCAGAGCUCUUUGUCCAGUUUUGAAAAACUUCAGGGAUUCUUGAGGGAGCUAAUUUGGAAGAAGCGGAAAGGAAAAACAAAAGAAAACAAAGGGAGGAAGAAAGGAGAAUAAUGGUGAUCUGGUCUUGCCAAGAAAUCUUUUCCGUGCAAACUGUGAAGAAGGGAGAACCUGGCUCAUCACCGUGGGGUGAGGAAGAGGACUCAGCAGCUGUGGACUUGAACUUUGGCUCCAUCUUCCACUGGAGUUUACAUAAAAAGAACAUCUUCUGCUGAGGCAGGGCUCAGUGAGCCAUUUGGCUAGCCCGGCGUUCAAACAGCUGAAUGGGACAAGAAUCCAGCUUGGUCUCUAGCCGGGUUUUUGGGUGGUUGUAUUAAAAACGAGACAUUGCAGCACUUUUGGAAACUUAAUAACAUCACAGAGGAAAUUAACUUUAUGGUGCAUGUGUCUUUGACUGUAUCAGCGUGAAGAUUAUUUUCUUUUUACUGAAAACAGCGCUACAGCGCGGGUGGAUUUCAUUGCUUUUAUUUAUUUUUUUUUAAAGAGAGAGAGAGAGUUGUUUCUAGAAAACUUGCCAAAGGAAUUUGAAAGAACAAACCCUAGGGUGGGAGGGUAGAUUGUGAUUUUUUUUUGGAGGAGGAAGAGAUCUCCUAUUCCUCUUUCUCAGUGGAAGAUGCUUGGACAAUAGCCUCCCUUAGAGGUCUGAAUGCUUGGUCCAGCAUGGCUGUUUAUGCUCUCACAGGUUUCUCGCUAGUCAGCCUGCUUAGUUUUGGCUACUUGUCCUGGGAUUGGAUGAAACCCAGCUUGGUAACGGAUGUUUCCAUGGACCCAAUGGAGAAAUCGCUCCCUCCUGCCUUUUCCAAGCCACCUCACAUCAUCUUCAUUCUGACUGAUGACCAGGGGUAUCAUGAUAUUGGGUACCAUGACUCAGACAUACAGACACCAAUGCUAGACAGGCUAGCAGCAGAAGGAGUUAAACUGGAGAAUUAUUACAUCCAGCCCAUCUGUACCCCAUCCAGGAGCCAACUUAUAACGGGCAGGUACCAGAUCCACACGGGCCUUCAGCACUCCAUCAUCCGACCCCGGCAGCCCAACUGCCUGCCCCUGGAUCAGGUCACGCUGCCCCAAAAGCUGCAGGAAGCCGGCUACUCGACGCACAUGGUGGGCAAGUGGCACCUUGGCUUCUACAAAAAGGAAUGCCUGCCCACCCGGCGAGGCUUCGACACCUUUCUGGGCUCCCUGACGGGCAACGUGGAUUACUACACCUACGACAACUGCGACGGACCCGGCGUCUGCGGCUACGACCUGCACGAAGGGGAGAACGUAGCAUGGGACCAGAGUGGGAAGUACUCCACCUUCCUCUAUGCUCAGCGAGUGAGCAAGAUCCUAGCCACCCAUAACCCCAAGGAGCCCAUCUUUAUCUAUGUGGCGUUCCAAGCCGUGCACACGCCCCUGCAGUCCCCCAAAGAGUACAUCUACCGCUACCGCUCCAUGGGCAACGUGGCUCGGCGCAAAUACGCCGCGAUGGUGACGUGUAUGGAUGAGGCCGUGAGGAACAUCACCUGGGCACUCAAGAAGUACGGUUACUAUGACAACAGCGUGAUCGUGUUCUCCACGGACAACGGCGGGCAGACGUUUUCCGGGGGAAGCAACUGGCCUCUGCGAGGCCGCAAAGGGACCUACUGGGAAGGCGGGGUCCGCGGCAUUGGCUUUGUCCACAGCCCCCUGAUCAAACGCAAGCGCAGGACCAGCUGGGCACUGGUCCACAUCACAGACUGGUACCCUACGCUGGUGACCCUGGCUGGGGGCAACGUGUCUGAAGCCGAGGGCCUGGAUGGGUACAACGUGUGGCCAGCCAUCAGUGAGGGCAAGGAGUCCCCGCGCACCGAAAUCCUACACAAUAUCGACCCCCUCUACAACCACGCCAAGCACGGCUCCCUGGCGGGUGGCUUUGGCAUAUGGAACACAGCUGUGCAGGCCUCCAUACGGGUGAGGGAUUGGAAACUGCUGACUGGUGACCCCGGCUACAGUGACUGGAUCCCACCUCAGAUGCUGACCAACUUCCCAGGGAGUUGGUGGAACCUGGAGCGGCUGACGGACAGCGUGCGCAAAUCCGUCUGGCUCUUCAACAUCACGGCCGACCCCUACGAGCGCGACGACCUGUCGGACCAGCGCCCGGACGUGGUCAGGGCUCUCUUGAAGAGGCUGGUCCAUUACAACCGGACUGCAAUCCCGGUUAGGUACCCGGCCGAGAACCCCCGGGCCCACCCGGACUUCAACGGUGGUGCCUGGGGGCCGUGGGCCAGCGAGGAGGAAGCGGAGAAUUGGGAGGGAGGUGGCGGGCCGCUGAGAAAUAAAAACAAGAAGAAGAAGUGCAAGAUCUGCAAGCUGCGCUCCUUUUUCCGGAAGCUGAACACCAGGCUGAUGUCAAACCGCAUCUGAUGGGGCUGCCGCAGAGCUCCGGAUGCAGCUGCUCAAGGUGGGUGUUCCAAAUGGCCAGGACAAUGGGAGGGAGAGAGGCAGAUGGUCACAGAGACAGCAGCGCCUUCUCAUUUUCCCUUGCACCAUUGGACACAUGCACGGGGCCAACCAUGCACAAAAGCCUCCAGAUGUCUUUCCCUCCGGUCUCCCCCAAAUUGAGCAACCUGUAGGGAGCAGGUGUCCAGGUUAGGGUGGCCGAGGGAGAGUGACGGGGGUCCUACAAUCCUGUUUAGUGGACGUUACAGCUGUCGCAGGUUGUCGAGCUGUCCAGCCCGUUCCAGUGCAAAAGAAUGAAACUUGUCUUAAGCGAUCAACUCAGGGACCAGUUCAAACGCACCAUCCUGGGAACAAAGCUUUAAACGCAGAUCAAACCCACGGUACUUGAAGGUGCAUGGGGAUGUUCUCGUGUGGUUCAUAUGAGGACGGCUGGCCUGCUGAAGGCUGCUCUCAGGUUGUCUGUCACUAUAAAAUGUGCUGUCACCCGAUGGAACCCUAGUGAGUGUGCCACAUCAUGUGCCCCUGCUCUGGGAAAACAGCCUGUCAGUCCUCACUCAGCCCCGGCCACAGCUUUUUCCCCCUGAAGACUCUACGGCAGGUGGUAGUGCGGAGAAGGCGAGGCGACUUAUUUUUAUGUCGAAGGUCCCUGGCUCAGAGACCAGGCAGAGCCUGGGACAGCAAGAGAAUACUAUCUCUAAUGGACACAAAGGCAAACAGACGGUAUAUGGGCCUGGAUCAGCCUGGCCCUGCAGUGUAUUGGAGACACGUUUGCACUGAGAACUUGUGGGGCGUUAGCUGUUUCAAUAUAAAGCAACCCCAGGUUACACUCAUCUAUCGUACAGACGCAUGCAUGUACCACACACGUGGACACAUAUGUGUGGAUUCACUUACACCCCCCGCCCCCAACCACAAUGGGUUCGAAAGAAGGCAGCUCCCUGAUUCUCAGCUCCCAGGGGUGUCCUCUGCCAGAUAGCCACCCCCCACCCCCACCUUUGCAGGGACAGCGACACAGCAGAGCAGCUUGCCUGAUGGCCUUGCUGCCAUUUUGAUGCCAACUCUGGAACAGAGGACCGGGUCUCUCGGACACUUGCUCUGCACGGUCUGUUUGAGGGUGUGCAUGGGUUCCCCACAAGAGAAUCCACAAGGAGCUGGUGGUAAAUGCAGUGCAGCUUGGCGACGGGGAUGUAAGGAGGGAUCGGUCUGUAGUAACACCUUGCUGGGCUGCAAACCGCAGACGUCUCUUUUGUUUGUUCCCAGAGCAGUUCCUUACUCAACACACUCCGAUGAUGUGUUUGCACCAAACAGGCACCCACUGCUUCCCUGGCUGCCGAGUGAGUCUCCAUCAUUGCUCGGUCCUGCCAGCAAGGAGGGGACACCAUACCACCCUCCUUCCCUGGGAAGUUAACUGAGGAGAUCAUCCGAGGCCAGUCCUCUCUGAGCGCGACUUGCCGGUCCUCCACUUCCGCUUCCUUCUACGGCUGACCUUUCUGUGGCAUGUGUGAGAGAGAGCGUGAGCCCGUGUGUGCCACGGAUGGGGGCUGGCCAGGAAGAAAGAGGGUAAAUGGCUUUAAAAGCAUUUUUAACAUGUGGCGCAUUUACAUUUACACAAUGCAUUUUACAUUUCUCCCCACAGGUUUCUCUCGGUGCAGUGUGUGUAGGCGACGGCCCUGCUGUGAAUUUUGAAAAUAGCUAUUUUUGUCUCUGGAAAAUGAGGCCUGUUAGGACUUGUCAGAUUUUGGAUGAGCAGUGUGGGCCUUUUUUUUUUUGCAAAAUAACAUUCAUUUUAAAUCUGUCACUGAAGGAUGUGACAACUGGCAGCAUUUUCACUGAAUACCUUGUGGAGUGCUUUCCCCUUGUCGCCGUAUGCGUGUGUGAGGAAAGAGACAGAGACAAGGGGAGGGGAGAGGACUACAAUGACAUUUGUAUUUUUUUAUUAUUAUUUAGAGGAUUGUGAUUUUAUAGAGAAGAAGGGGGAAAAAAACCUCGACAACAAGAGAAAGAGAAAUGGGAGGCCAUGUUACCCUAGAGAUGGGCAAAAAUGGGAGCUUUCGCAUUACCCACAAGCAGGGCAUGAAUCGAUCUACCUGUCUAUACGGUACCCAUCACUGCGCUAUGGCCCCGAUCCUGCAAGUUGUUCUGUGUGAACACCCUCCCCUCCCCCCCAGAGUUCAGUAGGGCUUAGCGUGGGCUCCAGGCCCUGGCCAGGUGGAACAGUUUGCAGGAUUAGAGCACUGUGCAGAGUCUCCUAUCAAACUCACAGAUAGGGCUGGUCGUUUCUCUCUCCUCAUCCCCUGGUUGAGAUCUGGGUCCUGUUGAGCUGCACUCUGCUCCAUUUGGGAGGGAAGUAUUCCAACACUGGGAAUGGGUUCCGGUUCUGGGUCGUCUCUGUGUCAAACGGUGGUGGGCGAAACUGGCAUCAGAACUGGCUUUCCAAAACCAAAGCCAGCAGCGGUAGUGGUGGCUGAGAUUGGAGUUCAGUUUAUUCAGCUCUGCCAUCACCCCACCCAGUGUAGAGCGAGGUGCAGAUCAAUAGUUCUAGCUUUGGCCCAUCUCCCUGGUACAUUGGCAGGGUUAUGACCAGUUCCGAAGCAGCCACAUAGAGCCACUUACCAUAACAGACCUAAAAUCGCCUACCAGCUCUGAUCACCCCAGGGAGAGACUAUGUUUUCUAACAAGCCACUUAUAGCUAUCAUCACAGCAACAGAGUGGAGCAUUCCAUCCCCUUAUGCAUCUUGCUUCAUUUAAUGAAUAAGUACGUGAGAUUUCCCUUAUGGCCCCCAUUUAGCAGAGCACUUCAGCAGGUGCUUAACUUUAAGCAUGCGCUUAAGCGUGUCCGUAUCCAGCCAAACACAUAAUCGCAUACGUAAAUGCUUUGCUGAAUAAGGACGGAUUUAAGUACAUGGUUAAAGUUAAAUAUAUUUUAAACACUUUGCUGAAUCAGGGCCUAUGGGAAGAAUCCAGAGAGAGCAAGAGAAACGGUGAAAAAGAGCUAAUAUAAAGAUCAGAUGCAGAAUCAAAGCAAAGGGGGAUGUUAUGCAAAAACAAAUAAUUGUUGAUCAUUUGAGAAAACAGCUUUAAUGGGAAGUUGGACGUGGGCAACUGUUAUAACCAAAUUAGCGACUGGGGGUGUGUGGUGUGACAAGAGUUGGUCAUAAAAUUUUCUCUGAAAUUUUUUAACCAAAUUUUGCCAUUUUUUCAAAAAUGGAAAUUUCCAUGAAAACAUUUUUGAUUUUUUUUUUCAAUUUUUCCAUGUUUGGAUGAUUUUCUUUGUUUUGUUUCAAAUGUUUUUCCUUUCUUUUCCAUUGCCAGUUGGAGCGAUCAGUCUAAUGCAAAGCUUUUGAAAAUGAUUCUGAAACAGAAAACUCAUUUUAGACAAUUUUCAUUUUUUGGAAAGAACAAAAAAGUCCAACCAAAACGGCUCUGGAAAAAUUUGAAAAGCAAAAAAUGAGUUAAUUUCAAAACCCAAUGAAACGAAUGAAACUUUAUUGGAAAAUUUUUAAAGCUUUGUAACUUUUUUGGUAAUGGUUGGUUAGCUCUAGUGGUGACUUCACAAUGAUUGCAUGUGUCAUCUCUGAGCAUGCUUAAUUCCAUGAGCCCAAAUCUGAGGGGCAUGAGAGAAAGGGGCAACUGGUUCUGGGAACGGGAAUAUUGGCUCCCGGUGACAGCAGCUGGUGCAAGCUACAUCGUAUUUUCUAAGCAUUUCUCCAUUUUGAGCCAGUGACCACUUUGUCCUGCUUCUCAGCAAAUCCUCUGUCACUCCCAGAGAUGCGCUGUGGUCCCAUCCCUGUACUGAGACACGCUGGCUCAGUUUCCUUGCUCGGUGCUCUGCUUCCAGGUGCGAUGGGACAGGCCAGUGCAAACUGCUGGAGGACAGCUCGGCGGAAACAAAACAACCCACAAAAACCACUGGAAGAAAGGAGGGGUCUCAGCCUGAAAAGAUAGGCCCCUGGACUGCUCUGUCUUAUAGGUGAGGCCCCAAGGAGUAUGUGACACACUCCUUGUCACACUCCAUCUCCUUUCUAGCUCUAAGAAAGUCCGUGGGUGAGAUUUAGCUAAGCCCACGGCCGCUCUACUUCUGCCUUGUCAAUAGUGGCCAUGAGGAGCUGCCCACACGCCGAGGAGAUCUGUUUGCACAGAUAUGCUGAGAUCACUCUCUUGUAAAGCUGCAGAAGCCAAAGUAUAUUUAAAACAUCAAGCCCUAGGAGCCGAGUGACAGCCAGGUUCCCACGGAGGAAGCCGGUCAGUGAGCAGCGUCUCGGCAGGCACCAGCUUUGGCACAGGAGAACUAGAGUGCUGGGAAGGGAGAGCUCAGCAUUACGGCAUCUGCCUCUUCUUGGCCAAGUCUCCCACUCCCUAUCGUCGACGUUCCCGCCGAGACUCAGCAGUGUUGGGCUCCUUUUUGGCCUGGCUGUUCUCUCCGUCACUGAAGCGGAGAUUUGGAAGGCUGCAAAGAUGAGACUCGGGAGGCAACUGUCUCUAAGCGCUGCUCCUUUCUCCUCCUCUUAUGCCCAAUAAAGGCCACUUGGUUGGCAAAUUGCAAGGAGGUUAGAGAGGACUUUGCAAAAUACAGGGUUGCAAAGCACAAUGGGCCUGUUUGUUCCUCAUGACAGUUACCCCCAGCAUUACCCAGGAUGCACUGCAGCAGCCAAGUCACCAAUUGGGCCUUAUCAUUAGUGGUGGUGAUGCUAUCACUGUUGUUGGCCAUGUCUGGAAUUGCCAGUGUUGCUAGCAUCCUUUGUCUCCAGCUGGGCCCAGCCCCCUUACCCCCCUGUCUCUUACUCCUUCUCCUCCAUUUUGUUCUAGGAUGCCGUCAGUUGAUUAAUAAAGUAUUAAUAUAA